CAAGUAAACAGCGAUAUCGUAUCUCCUUUACCCUUUUUACUGGAAAUAAGGACACUAGAAACACACAGACAAUAUGCCAGUUGAUCUGAAUGGGUAUUGGAAAAUGAUCUCCAAUGACAACUUUGAGGAGUACAUGAAAGCCCUCGAUGUAAAUGUUGCCAUUAGGAAAAUUGCCAACUUGUUGAAGACUGACAAAGACAUCAGUGUUGAUGGUGAUCACAUGGUCAUCAAGACCCUCAGUACCUUUAAGAACUACAACAUGGAUUUCCAUGUUGGCAAGGAGUUUGAGGAGGAUCUGUCAGGGGUUGAUGACAGAAAAUGCAUGACAACUAUCUCAUGGGAGGGGGACAAGCUGGUGUGUGUUCAGAAGGGAGAGAAGGAGGGCCGAGGCUGGACCCAUUGGGUGGAGGGAGAUAAGCUUUAUUUGGAGCUGAGAGUUUGUGGAGUUGUGUGCAAGCAGGCUUUCCAGAAAACCUAAACCAGCACUGGAACAACAGAACGGCGCACCCGGCCUGAGAGGGCAAGACAGACAUGAACAUGACCCGAGCCUGUGACAGAGAACCCCUAUUGUAAUCAUCUGUCUGCUCAUCCAUCCAUUCUUCCUUAUUUCCAUCCAUCCUUUUACAUUUAAUUCCAUCAAGACUGUUACAUUGCCCCACUCAAACUAUCCACAACAGGGGAGAUGUAACAAAAAGGAAAACAACUGUUCAUCACUGUACUGUAACUCUGUGCUCAAUUGAUGAACAUGUUAUAUGUGUGUGUACGCAUUUGCACUGCAGUAGGUGUGGUAGGCUUUGUGAUUAGUGCCUCAGUCUCUGAUGAUGCACCGGACUGAUAACUGGUGGUAAGCUUGACCACUACCGAGGAAGUUUACAGUGUAAAGUCAACUCAUAUUUGGGCCAUGAGAGAAGCAGUGAAAUGAAUUCAAACACACAAACUUUGGAUGCUACAUUUUAGGAUACAUAAAGAAAUGAAAAAUCUGUAUAGAAAAGAGUGAAGUAAAUAGUACAAAUAAAUGUAAGAAGAUGCAGUGAUCACGUAACCAGGAAAACUGGAUAUGAAAAAGACAAGUGGAUUAUUCGUUGGAUUCAUGAAAUUGAAUGUAAAAAAAUUAAUUAAAAAAAUACACAGUUUGUCUCUUUGUGUCUAAAAAAAUCCACUCUUACCUUUGAUCAUCCCGAGGGAUUUUAAAAGUACCCUUUCCCAAUCCCAGUGACAGAUGGACCUCUGGAGACAGACAGACAUGGAGAGAGAAGAAAAAAAGGUAAUCACUCAUUUUGGCUAAACCAAUCAAAUCAAUACAUUUUAAUCUAUAAAGCCCAACAGUUAUCACAAAGUGCUUUACGUGGUCUAUUCCCACAAAUUCUGGUUUACAUAAUCAAUCAUUCAAUGAGCAGCCCAUUAAGCAAUCUAUCAAACAGUUAUCAUCACUAGCCUUCUCAUACCUUUUUACUUUGCUUAGUCAGCUGCACUGGCGAUUUUAGCAUGUAAAUCUUGGUGGGGCAAAAAAAAAAGAAGGUGGGAUGCAUGCCAGCAAAGCCACUA